AUGAGCGGAACAUUGAGCGCAAGGCACCCAGCUCUCUCGUCCCCAAAACUUCGCGUUCGCACCAACGUGGAAUCAUGGUCAACCCCGGUCAUCCUAGUCGAGGCUGUCAACGGUGUCGUGCUCGGAAAGUACGCUGUGAUCAGGGCUCUCCAUGCGCCGGAUGCAAGAAAAGUUCGCACGAAUGCAUCUACUCGGAUAAUGUAUUCCGAUCUAUGA